UUUUGGCGGCUGUUUGAUUCCUCCCAAGAUGGCGGCGGCGGCUCUCCCUCAGUCACUCGGUUCUCGCCGCAGCCGCUCUGGCUGGGACGGGACGACGGGAAGGAGAGCGGCGGCGGCAGCAGCUCCGGCCUUGGUGGCGUUGGCGGCCGCUGUCGCCGCCGUCGCCUCGGCUUCGCAGGAUCCCGGGGCGGCGGAGCGGCCACUGAGGGAGCUGAGCGGGUCCAACUGGAGCCUCCUGCUGCAGGGCCAGUGGAUGGUCCAAUUCUAUGCCCCUUGGUGUCCCGCUUGUCAGGAGAUGGAAUCGGCAUGGGAGGCUUUUGCAGAAAACAGCAAAGACCAUGAACUCAGUGUGGGCAAGGUGGAUGUCACUCAAGAACCAGGCGUAAGCGGUCGUUUUUUUGUUACGACACUCCCCACUAUUUACCAUGCAAAGGAUGGAGUGUUUCGAAGAUACCGUGGCUUGAGGACGCUGGAGGAUUUAGAAGCCUAUAUCCUGGAGAGAAAAUGGGAAGCUGUAGAACCUGUGGCUGGAUGGAAGUCCCCCUCAUCUAUUAUGAUGCAUGGAAUGGCAGGACUCUUCCAUUUAUCGGCAUGGAUCAGGCAAAUGCACAACUACUUAACAGUCACUCUUGGAAUCCACAUUUGGGGUUCUUAUGCAGUCUUCAUAUUGGCCACUUUAUUGAUUGGUCUAAUCCUGGGCUUGAUACUGGUUUUACUUAUAGACUGCAUUUUCCCACCUAAGUCCGAAGUGGAAUAUUCUGACUUGGUGGACUGCAGUGAUGAUAAAACAGAGGAGCAGCAGGAGACAGUAGAGCACAUAGCCGAAGAACCAGUUGCAGAAAAAGGUUUGUCUGAUGGAGAAGAGGAGGAAGAUGAGUCUCAAGGAAACUCUUCAGAGGACUCUGCAGUUGAAGGAUCUGAGACUGAAAAUGACUCUGAUCACCAUGCAUUUGACAAAGUGGAGCAAAGCUCUCUAAGGCAACGUAAAAACCAGGUGGAGGCUGAUGGACUAUAGUGCAAUUAGCUGUGUAUGUACUUUUUUCUGGACCAAAGAAGCAUCGGGGACCAUCCUUGAUUGCAGCUGAAGCCAAACACUUGACCUGUAAACUGUUACAGCUAAAUCCAUGCUUUGUGUCGGAAGGCUCCUUGCUGUCAUUGUCUUUAGGGCCAGUAAUUUCUAAAGUUCAUACUGGAAGAUAAAUUUUUUAAUGUCCAGAUUGAAGCUAUGACAAUCAUGUAACUUUGAUUUUGUACUAGAUGCAGGGGUGGUGUUGAUGAGAGGCGUUAUCUUUUGGCUAGGAUGCCAUAGGCAAGGCACAGAUACAAAUUUUGUGUUUCAGUAUUAUGUGCUUACAGAUUUUAGUUAAUCUAAGGCAUGCUUUGGUGUUUGUUGGACAAGCUAGUCACCCAUGGAAUUCAAAGCUUUCUGUAAAACCCCCAUAGUAGUUCCUCGUUAGAUAUAAGGCAGCUUCAAUUAUUAUCAGUGAAGAAUUCACUUGCAUAUACAUGCAGUGCACCAUUAUUUUUGAAGUGGUUAAAUGCAUAGAUUGCAUACAAGAACACAUUGGAGGUGCUUGCCGUAUUUUUCUGUGAAUGAAACGAGGAUUUUUUAUUAAUAAAUUAGGUUAAAAAUUUGGGGUUGUCUUAUCACAGGGGGGAUUGGUUGCAGCUGCAAGCAGGAGAUUGUCAGCAGCUAUUGGGCGAUUGAUUUCUGGGGGAGUGUCAAGGACUCUUAACAAUUGGCUGCCCCUGCGUCAAUUGGGCGGGCGAUUGGUGGCUCUUGUGUUGCUUUCAAUUGUUUUUCAUUGUUGAGUUGGGUGAGCGUUUUUUGGCAACCCCCUCCCCCUCAAAAAGCUCAACAACUCUGGGCAAUCCUCCCCCGCAAAAGCUCAACAACUCUACAACUCUUGACAAUCUUCCCCCAUUUUCUUAAUUUUGAGUCCCCCAAAACAGUACAGUACAUGGGAAAAAUACGAUGCUUGCAGUUGCCUAGUGUACAUCUGCAGAACACCACAACACACACGUAACUGACUGUAAAUUAACAUAACAUGUAAUAAAACUGUAAUCGUCAUAUCAAAAAAUUGCCAAGCACAGUUCCUGAUGGCAAUAACAUAUCAUAUUACUAUUAACCUUCUAUAUGUAUUAUUGUAAAGUCCAAGGAUGGUCAAGUCCAACGAUUACAACGUACAGUUCCUGUUGGCAAUGCCAUUUCAUACUGAUAUCUUCCUUCUGCAUUGUCAGCUUGCCGAUCAGAAGGUCGGUGGUUCGAAUCCCUGCGACGGGGUGAGUUCCUGUUGCGUGGUCCCUGCUCCUGCCAACCUAGCAGUUCGAAAGCACGUCAAGUGCAAGUAGAUAAAUAGGGAGAGCGGGAAGGUAAACGGCAUUUCCGUGGGCUGCUCUGGCUCUCCAGAAGCGGUUUUGUCAUGCUGGUCACGUGACUUGGAAGCUGUACGCCAGCUCCCUCAACAAGUAAAGCGAGAUGAGCGCUGCAACCCCAGAGUCAUCCGUGAUUGGACCUAACGGUCAGGGGUCCCUUUAUGUCUUAAAAGUGCAACAAACAAAACUUCCUUCUGCAUCACCCUGUGUCUUGAGAAUGUAACAAACGGAACUACUUAGUAACAACAAGCAGCUGAUGAUAGACCAGUUCUCAGGAUACACCCUUGUUUCGCCCAUUGGGCUUCUUCAGCAACAAGGUUUCCAGGAGAUUUUUCAGUAGGUUUUUUCAGCCAAAAGUAGUCCACAGGAACACAUAAGUUAAUAGUAAUAUGAUACGUUAUUGCCAUCAGGAACCGUGCUUUGCAAUUUUUCGAUAUGAUGAGUAAAUUACAGUUUUAUUACAUAUAAUGUUAUGUUAAUUUACAGUCAGUUACAUGUGUGUUGUGCUGUUCUAAAUAUGAUUUACGUAAUGAGGGAAUUGUGGUGUGUGUUGACUUAGUGUACAUCUGCAACAUGUAAACAGCACAGCUCCCAGUGCAACAAGUAGUGUAAGUUUAUAAGCCUACAAAUUUUAUUUUGGAUGUGCUGACUUGUAUCGAAGAAGCAUUUUAAAACUAUGCACUAUCUGUUUCUUGUUAGUGUAUCGGGCUUUCAUGUGGGUUGCCCGAACACUUGUCCGUAAGGUGAACUCCUCGCUUCCCAGUUCUCUGACCAUAUACCUGUAUGAGGCUCUCCAGGUUACUCAAUGUGGCUUUGAACAUGUUGAUACCUAAUACGCAUUCCAGCGCAAGGAAGAUUCGGGAUUAGAAAACAUUGCUUAGUUUAAAAGAAUGGAUGAUACCUGAAGUCACUUAUUCCUGAUGACCAAAAUACUCAUUUGAUUUCAAAAGGUUUAGGUUGCAGCAAUCGCUUAAACAUAAUGCCGUCUGAAAGAAACAUCCUUAAUGGUUUCAGUUGAUUUAUUUAACGAACGGCAGUUUGUUUCUAAGUGAAUGUUUACUGACUUCAUGCAUCCCAUAUAUUGAUCGGUGUAGUGUAGCUGUGUAAAUACAGCUUCAGUGUCGCAGUGACUGUUGUCACCCUACCUAAAUGCUCUCUGCAGUGCAUUGGAGUGAAUUAAGCUUACAGGGUGAAACAAAAGCAAUUUAGUGGCAGCAUAAUCGGAUGGCUAGGCUAAGAGAAUAAAGAAUGCAGAGCAGAGAAUGAAUGGCAGCUAAUUGCUGGACAUGAUCAGCUGACAUGGCAAGAGAUCAUUCCGUUACACCAAGGGUGUACACCAACCUGUGGCUCUCAGGAUAUUGUUGGACUACAACUCCCAUCUUACCUAUCGGAGCUGAUGGGAGUUGGACUCCAGGCAACCUAUGGAGGGCCACAGGUUAACUACCUCUCUGGUAACUAAAUGGUAGGUUUAAACUAAUAGUAAAAAGCAUACAUAGCGUCACAGUGCCCACCCUGUGGCUCUUGCCAAUAGAGCACCUUGAAUUAAAGUCCUUCAUAACCCUUCAUUGCACUAAAUCAGGAGUGGGGAACAGGUGGGCCUCCUUGUUGUGUUGGUCAGACCAGAACUAUUAUCUGUAGCCAGCACAGCCUCAGGGAUGAUGAGAUUUGGAGCCCAGCCCAUCUCGAGUUCCAAAGGCUAGCCACGUGUGUAUUAAGCUAUGGCAGCUUCAGAAACCCUAUGCUGUGUCAGUUCAAAACAUGUUGAGGUCAAAAUUCUAGUUGCAUCUUGACAGCAUUGCUCAAAUCCAAGUUGUCCUGAACAUAAGCCAGAUGCACGACUCAAGUGCAUAAAAUGCAUUAAGUUUUAAAACUACUAGGUGCUGGGUAAAUUACUAGAAUUGCUUCAAUGUGCACAUUUAACGUAUAGCAAAAAUACUGAUAAUCUGAGAUGAUGCGACCAGAAAAGCUUAACAGAACCAAUUAAAACGAUGCGCAAUUGGGAAGCCUAAAUUUAAACGUCUAGGGAAUGCAAUUAAAGUAGCAAAAGAAACAACAUGGUCACGCUUCUUGAUUUGAUUCUGAAACCAUCCUAGCACAAUGCCUUAGCCGUGUUGCCAAGCGUAUUUUUCAGGUACAUGAGAAAAGGAUUAAAGCAUUAGAAGUUGACCUCUCCAUGUUCCCAUGAAAGAUAGCUAGACCAUAGCUAAUUGACAGUUGUUACAUUGUUACUGGUAGAGUCUGUCAUAAUUAGAAUCUCAACUAAUAAUGUAUUUGCAGCAUGUUAUUAUUUAAUAGCAUUUUCAUGUUUCAGAAGGUCACUUCAUGCACAUAAUUUCUAAAUAAGUAUAGUUUACCUAAAAAUGCAAAGCAAUACUGGCAUUUUUUGUUAGGCACUCUCAGGAGAAAGUUCACCAAGCUUGCAAUUCUAAGCAUGAGUAUUUGGAAGUAAACUGUUGAAUUCAGUGGGACUUAGUUCCAAGUAAACUGGUUUGGAAUUAAAUGAUCAUGGUCUCUUAACAAGACAAUCAUCAAUGCUGUACAGUGGUACCUUGGUUCUCAAACUUAAUCCAUUCCAGAAGUCUGUUCCAAAACCCAAACGUUGCAAAAACCAAGGCGCGCUUUCCCAUAGAAAGUAAUGCACAACAGAUUAAUGUGUUCCAGACUUUAAAAAGCAACCCCUAAAAGAGCAAUUUAACAUGAAUUUUACCAUCUAAUGAGACCAUUGAUCAUAAAAUGAAAGCAAUAAUCAAUGUACUGUACUAUAAAAUAAAAUAAAUAAAACAGCAUUGUAGAUUAUAAAAAUAAAAAUUAUCCCCCCCUUACCUGUACUGAUGAUAGUCAUUGUUUGGAUGGGGGGGGGCUUUUAUCCAUUUCCGCAGUCACACGAUCAAUCAAUCAGUAGCUGAACUGGGUUCCACACAGUCACAAAAACAAAUUAACCAAAAAAGCCUCAAAAACAAAAACUCAAAAUAAAUAGCAAAAACAAAAGUGCCAAACUUAAUUUGUUCUGGAAGUCUGUUUGACUUCUGAAAUGUUCGAAAACCAAGGCGCAGCUUCUGAUUGGUGCCGGUGCCCUGUAAACAAUAGCCAACAGCCGCAUUGGAUGUUCGGCUUCCGGAAAACAUCUGAAAACUAGAACACUUCGGGGGUUUUGGCAUUUGGGAACCAAGGCGUUUGAGAACCAACGUACCACUAUAUCUGUCACUGCCAUACUUAGGAAUUCAUCCUCGUGUUGCAGUAUUAGAUAAGGAAUUGGCACUUUAGAACUCUGUUGAUCAGGUUUUCCAACUCUGCUGGUUUAUCCUAGAAAGCUUGCUGUCAGGAUGCAGAUAUGGGGUAGGGGACGUUAUGGAGAACAGCUUAAGUUAGUUUAGGACACAGAUAUCCCAAAGGAUGCUAGUGGUUUGUUUUUGUUUUUGUUUUAGUUUGUGAGUUAUUUAUUUUUAAAAAAAUCUUCAUGGAAAUUCAGUAGCAUACCAGUGUGAAUUUCUCCUAAUGCAUAUAUUUUUAUAUGCAGUUUUCUGUUCUUUGCACAACAAAUAUUUUGGUAUGUUGUUUUGACUGAUUCAUGCAUUUUUAGACAUACAUUUCUCUGCACAAUACUUGAUUGGAGAACAGCAUUGCAAAAUUUGGACAAGUGGGAAUAUCGAGGGAUGGCUGUUUCGGUUAUUUUGUUGUUUCUGACAGUAUGAAUUAGGCAGGUUCUCCUUUGAAUGUGAACUGAAUUAAAUUUCUCCCCACCCUACUCCCUGAUCCCCAGUUGAAACCGAUGGUCACAUAAACUACUAUGUAUAAAUAAAUGUACUAUGGUCCAAAGGGUUGCAUCAGGGUUUUAACUUGCAUGGAUGCCAGGUUUUCAGUAAAUAGAGGGAUUCAUUGGUAUUGGGCCAAGCAAAUGAACCUCAAGGUCAAAGCAAAUCAUUCCGAAGAAAGGCAAUAUUAUUUUUGUGCUUCUGAUUGUUUAGUCGAAACGGUUAGUUUAGUUUGUCAUGAUUUUUAUGCAAAAAUAUAUAUACUAAAAAUGUUACUGUUUAUUUCCUUACUCACUAUAUAAAAAU